AUGGUCCAGCUGAAGAUCCAGCUGGACCAGAUGCAGCUCAUCCUGAUGGCCCUGGUGUGCAAGGCUGGGAGCUUCCAGGACGAGGCAACGUGUCCUAUCUACCUGGAGUAUUUCACAGACCUGGUGACCAUCAAGUGUGGACACAACUUCUGUCAGGCCUGCCUCAGCUGGUGCUGGGGGGAGUAGGAGCCCAACUUCUCCUGCCCCCAGUGCAGAGAGACCGUCCUGCAGAGACACCUGCGGCCCAGCUACCAGCUGGGGAACCUGGUGGACCUGGUGAAACGCCUGCGGCUCCCAGUAGGGCCAGUGCCCGAGGGGCAGCCAGGGUGUGAGAAGCACCAGGAGGCCCUGAAACUCUUCUGCCAGGAGGAUCAGGCCCCCAUCUGUGUGGUGUGUGACAGGUCCCGGGAGCACCGUGCACACACGGUGGUGCCCAUCGAGGAGGCUGCCCAGGAGUACAAGGAGCAAAUCCUGAGCCGCCUGCAGCAUCUUCGGGAGGAGAGAGACGCGCUCCGGGGCCUGGAAUCCAACUGGGCCAAGGAGAGCGAGAGGCUCCUGGGCAUGAGAAGCACUGAGAGCAGAGGGAGGGGCUAUGACGUUCCUGCUCUGAGGGCUCUGCGGUGGGAAUUCUCACCUCUCUCUCUGCUUGUUCCAGGACUCAGGCGAGCCCGAGUAUUUGCAGUGGAUGUGACUCUGGAUCCAGACACGGCCCAUCCCAAACUCAUCCUGUCUGAGGAUCAGAAACGUGUGAGAUGUGGAGACACGCGCCACGUUGUGCCUGACACUCCUGGGAGAUUUGAUCCUUGUGCUUGUGUCCUGGGUGCCGAGGGGUACGCGGGCGGGAGGCAUUACUGGGAGGUGGAGGUGGGAGACAAACCUAGAUGGACUCUGGGGGUUUGCAGGGAAUCUGUGAACAGGAAGGAGUCGGUCACACUAUCACCUGAAGAUGGACACUGGGCUGUGUGGCUGAGGAACGGGGAAUAUGAGGCCCUCACCUGCCCAUUCACCCCCCUCCCCGUGAGCGCUAGGCCCAGCCAGGUGGGGAUUUUCCUGGACUACGAGGCGGGCGAGGUCUUGUUUUACAAUGCGACUGACAAGUCCUAUCUCUUCACCUUCACCGACAGCUUCUCCGGGACGCUCCGCCCUUAUUUCUAUCCUGGUCAUAAUGCUCAGGGUAGAAACGCAGCUCCCCUGACAAUCUGCCCAGUCCUAGGUGAGGCUGAAGGGAUUCUCUGUCCCUGACAGUGACUCCCAUGGCAGAGCCUUUCUGCUGACCAGAUCUCAGACCUGUUCUCAUAGGGAUGAUCUGAAAGGCAUCUGCAAUGGAUUGUCACUCCUACGGUGUAGUCUGUGAGCUGGGGGAACUGCUACAACCCCUCUAAUGCCCAGCUGGCUGGCCCUGCUUGCAGUGCUUCUUUGGAGAUGGUCAGCUUCACCUGGCCAUUAUAACCCACAAGCUUCAGAGGGGGAGCCGAGUUAGUCUGUACUAGGAAAAACUUAAAAAACAAC